AUGGUGAAGGAUACGCGCUACUACGACGUGUUGGGCGUGGACCCGUCCGCCACCGAGUCCGAGAUCAAGAAGGCGUACUACGUCAAGGCGAGGCUGGUCCACCCCGAUAAGAACCCGAAUGAUCCGCAGGCCGCGGAGAAGUUCCAGGAACUAGGAGAAGCAUACCAAGUUCUCAGUGAUCCCACACAGCGCCAAGCUUAUGACUCACAUGGGAAAGACGGCAUCUCAACGGAAGGAAUUAUUGAUCCAGCAGCAAUUUUUGCAAUUCUAUUUGGUAGUGAGCUUUUUGAGAAUUACAUUGGUCAACUGGCAAUGGCAUCAAUGGCUUCACUAGAUAAUUUUGGUGAAGAUGAGCAGAUUGAUGCAAGAAAGCUGCAAGAGAGAAUGCAGGCUGUUCAAAAGGAACGGGAAGAAAAACUUGCAGAGACACUGAAAAACCUGCUAAACACUUAUGUUCAAGGAAAUAAGGAAGAAUUCAUCCAGCAUGCUGAAGCAGAGGUGUCCAAACUUAGCAAUGCAGGCUACUCUUUUAAUCUGUUCUUUCCAGGCAAGCUGCAAAAGAACUUGGAAAAAAGCGAUGUUUUGGGGGUUCCAUUUAUUGCUGAAUGGUUCAGAGACAAAGGGCAUUUUAUCAAAUCCCAAGUAACAGCUGCCACAGGUGCAAUAGCUCUUAUGCAGUUGCAAGAGGACUUGAGGAAGUAUAUGAGUGCCGAGGGCCAGUACACAGAGGCAGAACUUGAAAUGUACAUGGAAAACCACAAGAAAGUCAUGGUUGAUUCCUUGUGGAAGCUUAACGUUGCUGACAUAGAAGCCACAUUAUCCCAUGUCUGUCAAAUGGUACUUCAAGACAGUAGUGCCAGGAAGGAGGAAUUGCGCCUUCGUGCUAAAAGGCUUAAAACUUUAGGAAGAAUUUUUCAGCGGGUUAAGCUCAACCCUAGUGAGGGGGAAACAUCACAAGUGAAGAAUAUAGACAACAUGGACGACAAUGAUGGCAGCUCCCCUGACUCAUCCCCAAAGAGGGAGGCACCGUUCACUCCUAAUCAGCCUCCUGUCCCGUUUGAACCUGAAGUAGAGGAAACACAGGAUUCCGUCAGGUGUCCUCUGCACUCCCUAUUAUUUUGGUCGUGUAUGCAUAGACUGUCGAUAGCAGCCGUGUCUUGUGUACAGCCAGGGGCCAGGGCCUUGAAAAUGAGGAUUCCCUUCGGAAUCUCACCGAUUGAAGUUCCACCUGAAAUAAGCAGUCCACGUAAGCCUUGCAACGCAGGCAGGCAGUUCAUCAUCAUCCUCCGCAUCCGAAGCAGUUCCGUGGUAGUACGAGACAAAGGAGCCGCACUCGCUGGAGCAGCCGCCGCCCCCGCAAAGGCGAGGAUCAGGGCCACGCGCCGCUUGCCCCCGCGCCGUCGCCCGCGCCGCAAGCCACUGCUGCGGCGCUCUCCCCGGCAGCCGUCCUCCUCUUCGCUACGGAAGAAGAAGAGGGCCGUGCGCAUCGGGUACGGCCGCUCGCCGCAGCCCGCGCCGCCUUCCCCUCCUGCCACGGUUCGUGCCUCCGCAGCAGCUGCUGCGAUCUCCGCUAGCAGUAUCGCCUUCCUGGACGCUUCGCCGCAUCCGGCCGCUACUCGUACCAUCGAUCAGCUCCCUGAUCAGCAAGUCGAUGUCUAUGCCAACGGCUACGAGGCGCACGCGGAGGCGGUGUAUGUGGAUACCAAUUCACCGCCGCGUGUAGAGGAGGCGGCAAAGGAGGAGGACGAUGAUGGGAAAGAGAACGAAGAUGCUGGAGUUGCAGCCUUGGGGAUCGAGGAGAGGCUGGCUCUCCUCAGAUCCCAAAUCUCCGGCAAGCUGGACUCCAUCCAGCAGAGGGCUGCUGCCGUGGCUGCCAAGAGGAGGCUUCUGGCUGGCCGGCGGAGGAAGGUGGCGGAGGAGGCGGCCUCCGUGGCAUCCAGGCACAAGGAUUUGGAGAGGGAGCUGGAGGAGGCCUGUGAGGCCGAGGACUUUGAGAGGGCAGAGAGGAUCAGUGACUCCCUCGCUGCGCUCGAGAAGGAGAAGGAUCGGCUGUUGACGGCGCUGCGUGAUGCUGAGCUUGACUAUGGUUCAGUGGAUUCGGAGCUGCAGGAGGUGCUUGAGUCUCGUAUUGCUGCCGAGGAGGAAGCUGCUGCCCUUCUGGAGCAAUUUGCAAAGGAUGCCAUUGAGCAUGCUAAUUCGGAGAGCAAGCAAGCACAAGAAUUAUCCUCGAAAGAAAUAGAAGGGUGGCAAACAUCAAUGGAGUUACUAGAAACAAAGAAGUUAGAAAUUGAAGUUGAAACACAGUUGGUUUUAGAAGCACGUUCUGGGUUGGAAGGGUCAAUAGAGCAUUUGGUUGAAGAAGACAAACUGGAGAAAGAUACACUUAGUAAAAAAGGAGAAAUCCUCGCUAAGGAGUUAGCUGAGCUUCUAGAGUUGGUGAGGUUGAAAGAAGCAGAGAUAGCUGAAAACAAUGCCCGGAUCCAUGAAGUUCAAGAAAGAAUCAGUUCAGUGGUCUCCAGAUUCCAUGGCUCUCAGUCAGAUAUUGACUUGAAGCUCAAUUCCUUGAAGGAAGCCCAAAGUAAAGUGGAUCUAGAGACUGAAGAACUUGUGUUGAAAAAGAAUGAAAUUGACAAGUUCAUUUCUUUAACAGAGCAAAAAGAUUCAGAGUUGAGGGAAAUUAUUGGUGCUUGUUCCUCUGAAGCAAAAACUUGCCAACAAUCAGUUGAAAUAAGAAGAAAGCUUGCAUCAUCGAUUUUGAAGUCAAGAGAGGAUAGAAUUGAGUUGCUAAAAAUGGAGGAGGAAUUUUUGCAAGACAUUCAAAUGCUUAGGCAAAAAAUUACAGAUGCAAGAACUACUCUUCAGGAGGUAUCGUCAAGGAGAACAAGCAUACAGCAAGAAAUGGAUUCAUUUAAGCAGAAAUUGAGCUUCAUUGACAAAAGGGGCCCUGAGCUAGAGGCUGAAAAGAAAGUUGCGGCUGCUGCAAGAAACUUUAAGGAAGCAGGAAGGAUAGCUGCAGAGGCAAAAGCUCUUAAUUCCGAAAAGGACGAACUGCAUGGUAAGUUGGAGAAAGCUGCUACUGAUCUAGAGAUAAUAGAAAAGGACAUUGUAGCAACAACAGACAAGAUACAGGAAUGCGAAGGGCUUAUUGUACUUAAAGAAAAAGAGUCGGCAUUGACAAGUUACAAAAGACUCCGGUUAGAUUGUGCUGCUGCUAGAGCAGAAUUGACUGCUGCAACUGAAACAGAUGAUACUGAUGAAGUUGAGAUACUACGCAAAGAAGCUGAAGCUACAGAAUCUAAAGCAAUGGAACUCAAAACAUGCUAUGACCUCCAGGUGGAGGACGAUGAGUUCAUGUUUCAGCCUGUAGUCCCUAUAGCAUUCAUAACAAAUUCAACAGGGCAGCACUUGGCAGAAAUUGCUUCUUCAUUCGGCCUAUCUCCUCAGAAGUGA